AUGGAUUCCAGCUCGACCCAUUUCGUCAGCGAGGACAUGUCUGAGAUAAGAAAACUGGUAGAGGUUUUCAACAAGUGCAGUGUAUUCAACACGUCCUCCGCGAAAAUUGUAAGCUUAUCGACUGGACUAAUUACCAACGACUCCGUGAAUGCUGAUGAUGCAAAGUCGGCGGAGCUAAAGUUCUGCAGUCAAUGGUUGGCGAGACGGUCUCAGCGUAUUCGUUUUCACAGAAGAAUCAAGUCAAGACCCUUGCCUCUGGAGGACAAGUAUAGCUGGAUCCCCCAACACUUGUAUCAGCGCCUUCGUCUCAUGGGUGUCGGAGACAUCCCUCUCUCUGAAUUACUCGGCUACGAACUGUGCUCUCUACCGGCCGCUCUUUUUGACAACUACAUGCGCAUGAGAACCGGCGACAAAGCAAAGCUAAUUCACCAUUUAGUCAAGCUCGUCCCUGAAAGUGUUGUUUCGACACUCCCCACUACAGGCCUGCGGAAUAUCAUCGACGGAGAAGGGCCGCUUCACAAGUUCGCAUGGCCAAAGAAUUCCACGUACGCUGAAAUAUGCACUCUGUACGUUCGACAUGUGAGUAGCAGCUACGCCAAUGCCACGGUGAUUUUUGAUGGAUAUCAUGGCCCCAGUGCAAAAGACGAAGCACAUCGACGUCGAUCAAGCAACGACGUUUGCGCAACAGUGUCCGUUACCAAAGAAAUGCACCUGACGAUGUCCAAGAAAGCUUUCCUUGGGAAUUCCUCCUCGCUGACGAAAUGGGUCGAGCUGGAAUCCAUGUUGAGCACGCCACAGGAGAUGCGACUACAAGGUUUGUCAGAGGGCUUGUGCGUAUGCCUUAGGAAGUCCAGUAGCUGUCGUUGCAGAAGACUCUGAUGUUUUCCAGUUGCUAGUUCACCACACAGAUCCUGCUGCUAGUGAUGUAUACAUAGUCGCUGCAAAACGAACUGUCUGCACUAGCACCAUCAAGCGCAGAGUAGAUGUUAAGCUGUCAGAGUCACUUCUUUUUCUCCAUGAUGUUAGCGGCUGUGAUACGACCUCAAGGCCACAUGGAAUCGGGAAAGACGCCGCCCGAUUUCACAGUCACAAGUGACUUUCUCCAGGUACAAGCAUGGAAAGGGAACGAUGUUCCUCCUGAGGAGUGGGGAUGGGCGAGAUCCUCAACAGGCCUUGUUCCCGUGCCGAUGUCAGAGCCAGCAGCCCCAGCGAAACAUCAGAUGUAA